AUGUCAGAAGAUAGCUCCUCCUCUGAAGAAACCAACACCCCUACCACCUCCAUAUCACAAGACACCUUCGUGACAGAAACCACCACCACCUCAGCCUUCAAUAUCCCCCCUGAAGCACCACCAUCAAGCUCCUCCUCCAACGUCCAUUUAGCUAUUCAAUCCCUUUCUUCCAUUGUAACCACAGUUUCUCCCUCUCUUCUCUCUCAAGAUCAAGACCCUGCUUUCUUCCUCCUUCACAACCCUGAUAUCUCCUCUCAAGUCUCAUCCCUCCUCCAUCUCCCCGACUCCGGUGCCGGAGACAACAACCUUUGUCGUUGGUUCUACGACACAUUCCAAUCCUCAGAACCCAACCUCCAGCUUGUAGUCUUACGUUUCCUUCCCAUUAUUGCUGGCCUUUAUCUCUCUCGUAUUGUCCUAAAAAAACCCUUGGCAGGUUUUGAGGCAAUUUUGUUAGCCCUUUAUGCACACGAAACUACCUCACGUGCAGGCCAAGCUAUAACUGUCAGCGUGCCUGAUUUAUCAUACCCAAGUAUAUAUCAUGAAUCAAAAGAGCCUCCAAAGGACAUUAAUUCUGCAGAGUUAAACCUAGCUGUGAUAUCUCCGAGUUUGGAGCCUCAUGGGACAGUGAGAUCAACAAGAAGGGCAAGAAUUGUUGGAGUUGCAUUGGAGUUAUAUUAUAGUAAGAUUUAUCUUAUGCCUGUUGGGUCUAAGAUUGAUUUUUGUAAGUUUUGUAAGGUUUGGUCUGGUCAAGAUGGCGAUAUAUGUCAGGAUGGUGAGUUUGAAGAUGAUCAAGAAAAUCUUGAGUUACAAGAUGAUCAAGAAAACCUUGAGUUUCAAGAUGAUCAAGAAAAUGUUGGCAAGGAAAGUGUCCAUAUGGAAGGGAGGAUUGGUUUGCCAUGGGAACUUCUACAGCCUGUUUUGAGGAUAUUAGGGCAUUGCCUCUUAGGUCCUAACAAGGAUAAAAAAUUGAUUGCUGCAGCUUCUGCAGCAUGUAGAAGUUUGUAUUCAAGGUCUUUGCAUGACAUCAAUCCUCAGGCAAUUUUAGCUACUAGGAGUCUUCUUAGGCUUAGUAAGAUGGCCUUGGAUCCAAAUAAUAAUGUUGAUCAUACUGAGAUACCAGUGUCUAAUGUUAUCUCCCUCUAA